AUGGAUGGACGCUACGCCGGCCCCGGCUGGGUCAGCUGGAUAAAGCAGCUACCGGUGGAAACGCUCACGAUGCAGGGCGGCACAUCCAUGACAAAUAUGAACGACCGGGCGGGUGUGAUUACAGACCCGGAAGACCCGCGGCACCCGAUUGCACUCAUUCAGUGGGGCCCAACGAACCACUACGAUGGAGCAUUCAUGCAGCUGUCGUACGGAGACUACGGGCCCGUUGUGAAAGGGUCACGGCUCAUGCAAGUUCUGUAUGACAACUACCUGGAGCCCUUCUCGAUGAACCGCGUGUGCGCACAGCUUUACUUCUACCAGAAAGUACCGAAUAACUACCACGCCUCAGCUGAGGCCUCAGCGGAGUACAUAGGGCAGACGGCAUCACUGAUUGGACAAGUGAUAGUGGGAAUAGGUUCUGUCAUUAUGGAAGGGGUCACGGUUAAGGGGGACACAAACUGUGUGUAUAUUGCUGAGGGUGUGCAGGUGAUGGAGAACACAUGUAUUGUGAGUGAUGCGCCGUCAGACCUCCUAGCCUACCAACGCCACGAGGCCAUCAACCCCUACCAGCAGUGGGAUGGCAUGGAUGGGGUGUGCCGCAUCAUGCAGAAUACAAUCAUUGAGCCAAACUGUUUUCUGGAUAGCUGCUCCAUCGGUCCCUUUAACCGCAUCGGCCACAACACAAAGAUUAUGAAAGGGGUGACGACUGGAACAAUGGUGCACAUUCUUCCAGGUAGUGUUGUAACUGCGGACACAAAAAUUGGCGAUGGCGAACUUUGGGGCGGCGCACCAGCGGUCAAAAUUGGUAAAGUGAGCAAAUUCGAGUGGAAGCGUCCCUACUUUGCCUCGUUGCUGCACAGGGAGAGUGUUACAGAGUCCUACCGCAACAUGUCACGCUACGGUGAUCAGGUGGUUCACUUCCAGGAUCAGAUGGGAAAACUGAGCACGCUCAUGGUGGAAUUCGAGGAUGGCCUCCCACCGGCGGUGCAGGCUAAGAUGAAGGAAUUUUUACAGGGACGUGAGCCAUUUCAUCACAUGCUCACUCGCAUCACGCAGGGCUGGUCCCCUGCUAACCGCCCCGACGACAAAAACUACAACCUCUGUCCCCCGCUACCAGGUGUGAAACUCUUUGCAGAGCACAACAACGACUCCUCUGAUAGUCAGCUCCACGGAACCUACAUGGAUAUCACGAAUAUAUUUAACGACUUUCGCUGGUAG